GUGGCAGCACCGCCCUUCCGAUGUCUGCUCUCUGUCAGAAAACCAUAGAAGGAAUUAGAGGAGGAAAAGAAACAGUUGGCUUUCUGUUCACAAACAAGGUUACACAUUCAUCUUAAAGAAAAACAUCUGGAGCUUUCAACAGGACUAAGAUGAUUUCUUGUGUGACAGCCAGAUGGCCAAUAUCAUAAUGUUAGCUGUGAGGAACCCCAGUUUCAUAUUGGUAUGAGCAAAUGGAGGAAACUCUGCAGCAGAUCAUGGAGUUAGGAAACGUUUGUACCCUUUCAAUCUGACAACUGUAAGGGACAUGGAGAAGGAAGAGAUGGAUGAUGAGGAGGUUUGUGAUGGUGGUUUUGUCUCGGAGCAGCAGCAGGCUGGAGAGACUGAUGAGUGCACACUGGAGGAUAAUACGGCCCAUCUCAACUCUCAGGAAACUCCAGUUAUUGACCCUGGAACGGGUGACGUAGAGUCAUGUGAAUCCAUGGAGGCUAAAGAGGACGUAGAAGAGGUUUCAGAGGGGUUUGAACAAGAUUUGGAUCAUGAGAACCCACAGCUUAUCAAUCAAGAAGAAGAUGAAGCCGCCAAAGAGCAACAGAUGAACGGAGAGUCCGGCUGGAGGGCGCUGGGAGGCGGACGGAGGUGCAAGUUGAGGAGCGGCAGCUCUCUGUUCGAACAGAGCUUUCAGAAAGGCAGCAUCCCGUCCAGCGGAAGUCGGCACAAGCAGACUCGCAGACGCAACCAUCACCACCAUCAGCAGAGCCGCGGUCGCAGGCGGACAGGAAAACAACUUUUCUUUGCUUUCAGAGAGAUGCUGUCAGACUCCCUGAGCGUCUGGUGCAUUUCCUGCGUCCACAUGCUGAUUGAGAUCAUUGUGACAUUAACUCACAACUGCGGCGUGGGAGUGGAAAGGGGGGUUUUGAAACUUUACAACUGCGGGAAGCAGAUUGUUGUUAAGAUCACCGAUCUGCCUGGAAUGAAAGCAGACUUUAGCCGGGUUUUGAAGCGGAUGAAAUGCGCUGGAGCAGACCUUUUGGACAAAACUAUGAGGACUCUUAAGUGGAUAAAGUCAGCGGUCUCCUCUUGUUUCAGACUUUUCUGCGCUUUAGUUAUUUUCAGCUUCCAGUGGGUGAAGGGGUUGCUGCUGCGUGUUGGUGGUGAGCGGGGUAAACGCUAUUGGACGGCUUUUCUGGAGUCGCGGGUCUGGAAGAGGCUUGUGUCUGUGCUGGAGAGAGUCUGGAGCUGGUUCAGGAAGUAUCGCAACACACCGUCAUCGCCCUCGUCGCCCAGCAGAGCCGCAAGAGGGGAGCCAAGUCAGGAACUGGAGCGACUGCUGGCGCUGGCCGAGGUGCCAGAGGGGGAGCUCGACCCCUUCACGGUGCUGGGCGUGGAGGUGCAUGCCACAGAGACGGAACUGAAGAAGGCCUACAGACAGCUGGCUGUCCAGGUCCAUCCAGACAAGAACAAACAUCCGCGAGCCGGAGAGGCGUUCAAGGUUCUGAGGGCAGCCUGGGAUAUCGUCAGCAACCCUGAGACACGGCGAGAGUAUGAGCUGAAGCGCAUGGCAGCAACCGAGCUCUCAAAGUCCAUGAACGAGUUUCUCACCAAACUGCAGGAUGACCUGAAGGAAGCCAUGAACACCAUGAUGUGCACAAAGUGUGAAGGCAAGCACAAGCGGUUCGAGAUGGAUCGAGAUCCUGCUGAAGCCCGCUUCUGUGCUGAAUGCAGCCGUUGCCAUAGCGCCGAGGAGGGAGACCUGUGGGCCGAGUCCAGCAUGUUGGGGUUACGCAUCACGUACUUUGCUUGUAUGGAAGGAAAAGUGUAUGACAUUACAGAGUGGGCAGGUUGCCAAAGAAUAAGCAUUUCCCCCGACACCCACCGCGUCCCGUACCACAUCUCGUUUGGUUCAAAGAACAACAGCAGCGCCACACGACACAGGAGCCCCUCGGAGCACGCUACCGGUCCUUCCAACCCGGCUGACUUGCAGGACUUCUUCAACAGAAUGUUCAAGGGCGGGCCGCCGAAUGACAUGGCUGCCAACGGCGGGGGCUUCUUUCCCUCAGGUCCGCCCCCUCACCACCCGCCCGGUGCUGGAGCUGCCCCUUUCUCCCCUCCCCCGGGUCAGACAGGUUUCUACAUGCCGGGGGGCCAUCGGCCAGACUCCGGCGAGACGUGGCCCGACGGCGGCAAACCCCCCCGGAGGAGGAAGAAGGUCCGAAAACCCUUCCAGAGGUGAAGUCCGUUUACUCAUUAGUGUGUCAAAACCGGGACACGAUAAGAAAAUGGCCAUGUUUGUCUCUCGCCCGCCUGUCGGCGUGCCAAGAUCUGAAGAGUGGUUGAGUGUGAAGCUGCAGUCAGAUCCGCCAAGCAGAGAGGGACUGGAUCACGAAGAGGAACCAGUUGGGUGAAUCUCAGCGUUGAAGGCCGAGGAAGUGGCAGCGACGGUGCUUUAUCUGUCAUUUCAUCCUGUUGUGUUGCUGGUCUCACUCAUGACUGUAGCCUUGACAACCGAGAUCCCUCUGAUGCCGUAAUGAAGCAUUUUCUUUUUUCGAGAAUUUCCUGCCAAAUCCAUUACUGCAUGAUUUACUCACCUUUUUGUAACGCUUCGGUUUUCUUACUUCUCUUUUGUAUCGGGUUAAUUUUCCACUUUGGGCUCCGUGUCGGUCAGGAGGGAGGGAGAGAACCGGUAGAGGUGAGGGCGACGCUCAUUAAGAUUUAUAGCUGAGAAAUGAAGAAGAGGGCUUGUGCA